AUGAGUAAGAGCAAGCAUGAAUGGGCUGACUCGGUGGCCAACUCUGGGCCGGCCUCGAUCCUAUCGUACUGCGCGUCGUCGAUCCUGAUGACAGUGACGAACAAGUUCGUUGUCAACCUGGCCAACUUCAACAUGAACUUCGUGAUGCUUUUUGUGCAGUCGCUGGUAUGUACACUAGCGUUGUGCGUACUGCGGACUGUGGGAGUUGCCAAGUUUCGGUCUCUUAACAGGACCGACGUGAAGAGCUGGUUCCCCAUAUCCUUUCUUCUGGUGUUGAUGAUAUAUACGUCUUCCAAGAGCCUGCAGUACUUAGACGUACCCAUCUACACCAUUUUCAAGAACCUGACAAUCAUUCUCAUCGCGUAUGGCGAGGUUGUCUUCUUUGGCGGGAAAGUCACCUCCAUGGAGCUGUCAUCGUUCUUUAUGAUGGUGCUUUCGUCCGUGGUGGCGACCUUGGGCGACCAGCAGGCCAUGGCAACCAAGAUGUCGCCCCUAGAAGAUCUUGACCAGGAUCUGGCUGAGUCGGCCACGUUCGUCUUGAAUCCAGGUUACCUCUGGAUGUUCACCAACUGCAUCUCGUCUGCGCUGUUCGUUUUGAUCAUGCGGAAGAGAAUCCGCCUGACUAACUUUAAGGAUUACGACACCAUGUUCUACAACAACAUUCUGGCGUUACCCCUGCUGAUUGUUUGCUCCGUCAUCAUGGAAGACUGGUCUGUAGACAAUUUGUCCAUGAACCUGUCGGCUGACUCGCUGUCCGCGAUGAUCAUCAGUGGUUUGGCGUCCGUGGGGAUAUCGUACUGUUCCGGCUGGUGUGUUCGUGUCACUUCAUCCACCACUUAUUCCAUGGUGGGAGCCCUGAACAAACUGCCUAUAGCACUUGCCGGAUUGAUCCUCUUUGACGCUCCAAGAAACGUUUUGUCGUUUCUGUCGAUCUUUCUGGGGUUUCUGUCUGGCAUCCUAUACGCAGUCGCUAAACAGAACAAGGCACAGAAGCAAAAAAUUCUAGCAACCACUACUGAGAAAUAA